GCUGUUCUGGUUUUGGAGAGUUAAGUCUUGUUUCAUUACAAGGAAUGAAGAUAAUUUUCGGGAUAUCUUUAUUUGCUAUCCUUUUUGCAUUAUGCAAUGCAAGUCACAACUUGAAAUGUGAGCCGGUCACGGGUCAUCAAAUUACAGGUUAUCCUCUUGAUCAUCCCACAGAAUCACCAGAGAUUAGCACAGAAACACCCUUUGUUGAUCCAUCGUGUUGGAUAGAUGAAUGUGACGAACGUGAAUGGACGAUUGAGGAUUCAUUGAAAGCAGUAGACGAGUGUAUCAACAUUAUAAUGAAACUUCUUGAAGAACUUAUAGGAGAGGAGAAGUUUAAGAAAUUCCGUGAAUGGUGGGAUAAUCCAUUUGGUGGACCUCUAUAUGGAGAACUUUUUGAAGGAUUAAGUCGACAAGAUGAAAGAUCUAAAGAACUUCUAAAGAAAAUUAUAAGAACUUUCGAGCUUAUGGAUGGAAUAGUAAGAUUACUAAAAGACGAAAAUUUGAGAGACUCAUAUUGCACACCUUGUCCUCCUCACAAAUUAAACCAAUCUUUCUUCAGUGAAAUAUAUUUCAAGCUUAAUAACAUGAUGUCCAAAUUAUUUUCGGUCCCAGAUCAUUUUCAUCCUGAUCAUCCACGUACAGAAACACCUGAAGAAUCAUCCGGAUGUGCUGAUCAGUGUGGAUAUCGAGAAGGAUGGCCUAAGACAAGGUUUGAGGAAAUACUAAAGUAUGUCGAGGAAAUUUGGAAACUCCUCCAGGAAUUAUCCGGAGAUAAACUAUUUGGAAAAUUCCGUGGUUGGUUGAGUAAUUUGAAACCUCCUUACAAAGAUGAAUUUGUACCUGAUGAUGAUGAAUUAGAUCCAGAAGACGAAAGAUUUAAAAGACUUUUGGAAAUAACUGAGAAAAUUAAAGUUACUUUCAAGCAAAUACAUGAUUUCAUGGAUAUCAUGGAAUCCUCUGAAGUGGUGAAUGGAAACUGCAACCCGUGUCCACCCUACGACUAUGAAUUUUAUGUUCAGUACUUGGUUCAAUUAUUUGAUGAAAUCUCUCCAUGUUAUGAUGAGUGUUACGAUCGAGAUGAAAGGAUUAAGGAAAAAUAUGAAGAAAUACGAAAGUGUAUCGAGGAGUUGUGGAAACUCAUCAAGGAACUUUUGGGAGACAAUCUAUUUGGAAAAUUUCGUGAUUGGUGGGAUCAAUUGAGACCUCCUUUCGGAAAUGAAUUUGAACCUGAUCCAGAAUUUAAUCCAAAAUUCGACUUACUAAGAAAAAUUUUGGAUAUGAUUGAGAAAAUUAUAAAGUGUGUAAGAGAAAUAGAGAAUGAAAAGGACAAUCCUUUCUUGUUGGAUGUAAACUGCUACCCUUGUCCACCCUACAAUUCUAAAGACGAACCUUCUGAAGACGAAAAUUCUCAUGAUAUUUGGUUCAAAUAUUUAAUAUUUCGCACCGAUCCGUUUAAAAUUUAUAUUCCCACACUUCCCUGGCCCUUGCCUCCCUUGCCUCUUAUUUAUCAAGUGCCUUUCGUUUUCGAGGACUAA